AUAUCGUGAGCGAAGCAUGAGGCUGUAAUUUCUGCACUAGCUCGAAACUCCGCCCAGAAACUACACAUAACCCGACUAUUCCAAGCCACAACAGCGUCAAAAUCUCACCAUGAUGGCGGCGCCCCAGCUGCUUCUGCGCAAACCUAAUGGCACCGCUGCCGGCCAGACCACCAAUGAUGCCCAGAACGCACCCAAGACCAAGCCUCAGUCCGAGGGCGAAAAGGUUGUUGUGCGUCGGCUUCCUCCCCUGCUAACCGAAGAAGAGUUCUUCAAAAUCCUCGGCGACGAAUGGAAAGUGGGCCACGGGAAGGUUGACUGGUUUUCAUACUGGCCAGGCAAGAGCUCCCAGCAGAAAGACGACCUUUUAGUGCUCUCACAAGCCGUACAGAAUGGCGUUUGGGAGGACGCCAAGGAAUCAUACAACGACCCGGUCCUGAACCUGCCGCCGACGGUCGAGCUGUCGAUUCACAAGAAGAUCCCGAGCGACAAGAAACGGUUGGAUAACCGCCAAGGCACUAUCGACCAGGAGCCUGAGUUCAUGGCCUUCCUUGAGAGCCUUGCCAAUCCCGAUGCCCACAAGACUACAGAUACUGCCGGUGAACCGAAUGCUGAGGAAACAUCAGCCAAGCCCGAAAAGGUCACCACCACGCCACUCGUCGAAUAUCUUAAGGAGAAGAAAGCACAGAGAGCCAAGGAGGCGGCACUUGCCAGGAGCGCCAAGCAACAUGCUCGACAGGAAUCGCAGGGAGGAAAGACCAAGACUGCCACCGCGACUAUUACUCUGGAGGAGUUGAAAAAGCGGGCUAGAGAAGCCAAGGGCGAGAAGACGGAUAAGGCUUCAGAGAAACCGAGGGACAAUGUCAAGAUUUUGACAAGAAGGGGCGCAUCAAGUGCUGCAGCGGAAGCCGCCAAAGCUGCCAAUACGGUUGCCAGCCAGAUCCAGGACAACGCCCGGUCCAGCUCAAAGGCUGACUCCCAGACCAAGGCCGCCCAGAGCUCGUCACAAUCCGCCACUCAGUCGACUCCUUCAGCCGACGCAACAUCAGAGCUACCCAAGAGUCGACGCGCAGGCAUCGCCGCAGCAGCACGCAUCUUACAACGUGACCUUGGCCUCAGCCCGGGCAACGCUCACAGAAAGGCACGCCAGGAGGCAGCAAAGGCUGAGGCUGACGCAAAGGCCAGCGCUGCUGCUACUGCCAGUGCCAAUGUCAGUGCUGCCAAAGAAACUGCAUCCAGGGAGAAGAAGGAGAAGGAGACAACUCCUGCGCCGGCCAGCUCUGUACGUUCUUCGACGCCCGCCAAUGCUGCCGACUCUUCGGCUGUUGCAUCGCCUUCGGCGUCUGCUAGAGGACGAGAGUCAGCCUCCGGAAGAACGCGCGGAAGGAGAGGCCGAGGUGGGACUACAGAGGAAGGAUCAAAGUCAAAGGGAACAGAUGGCGGCAAGGAGACCAAACCUGGCGAGGUCGCGACACCACAACCGCCGAUCAAGCCAACAAUGAUCCUCAAGAAGAGGGAUCCCACACAGGCGACUCCAUCUGCACUCUCGACGCCUUCGACACCUGUAAAUGCCCAACCGCCGGCCUUAUCAGCCUCGCAAAAACCUAGUUCCCCCAAGCAGCCUUCCACUGGGGGCAGGCAAAGGGGUGGUGGCCGUGGAGGCGAAGCUAAAGAGAACGUCCAGCCCGGUAGCAACGCAGCCAACACCCCAUCCACUCCGGCCCCCACAGGUCCAACCCAAGCCUUCAUCAAGCACGCUCACCAAACACAGGGUGUCACCGAGUCAACACUACGCGAGGCUCUCCAAGCCUUUGGCGCCAUCAACUCAAUCGAUCUGCGAAAGAAGGGCUUGGCCUACGUUGACUUUGCGGACCCCGAGGCGCUGAAGAAGGCUAUAGCCGCGAGUCCCGUAAUGAUUGCGCGGGCGAGCGUCACGAUUCUAGAGCGCAAAUCGGAUACCGAUAAGAAGGAAGACGGCGGCAAGGAUAAGGACAAGGAGACUGCUGCUCCCGGACCUGCGGCGGCGAGUGCACUAGCGGAGAAGGAAAAGACGGUGCCAGAGAAGGAAAAGGAAAGUGAGAAAGAGAAAGCGCCAGAGAAGGGGAGGGAGCGAGAAAAGCGCGAUGAUGAACGAAGAAGGGGAAGAGGUAGGGGCAGAGGACGCGAUGGCGGCGGUGGCGGCGGCGAUAAAGACAAGGAGAAAGAGAAAGAAAAGGGCGAGAAGGGUGUUGAUUCGAGGGGAGGAGCAAAGGGCGAUGCCCCUGUUGGUGCAAAGGAAGCUAUUCCUCAGGAGGGAAAUGGUUCCGAUCGUCCUGUCAGCACUCCCAAGGCCGAGAGAGGCAACGCUGCUUCUGCUUCGGCUCGACCGACCUCAGCCCAGGACAAGGACGAGAAAGACAAAGAGAAUGACAAGGGUGAGAAGGGCGAAGGCGAGAAGAAGGGUGAGAAUCGCAGUCGCAGAAGACGCGGCGGGAGAGGAAGAGGUGGUGGUGAUAAGGAUAAGGAGAAGGAUAAAGAUGGCGGUGGUGGGUCCGCUCAGGCCGCCCCGGCUUCGUGAGAUUGGGAACGCAAAAGACGUUCAGAGCACGGCCAUGCGAUAAAAUAUGAUGAGGAAGGAAAAAGAAUAUGACUAGUUGAGAGAUGAGCAAAGUCUAAUGAAUGAUGGUAUUUGAUC